UUUGCAUCUACCUAAAAAUAUGAAGUUUGUCAUUGUUACUAUUCUUUUCGUUACAAUUUCAAACACUACAGGCGUUUACGAUCAGAACUCUACCGUGAAGGAAAUUGAUGUUUUGCGACAAAUCAUAAAUCAGGAGACCCUCAUUCGCUUAGCUUUGGUAAAGGACGUUAGAUCUCUAGUGGAUGAGGUUAGUUCCAUGAAUCGAACAAUGACGUCUACAGAAACAAUGACCUCCACUUUGCAACACACUGUAGAAACAAUGAAAAGACAGCUCAAUAUACUUACUCAGGAAAACAAGAAGAUUGCGAGGAAUUAUCAGAAGAGUAUUUUGGAAUUUGAUCAGAAGCUGACAAGUCUGAGUGAAAAUGUAACCUCUAUUCAUCAAUAUCUGAAAAAUAUGUAUUGGCAAGAUUUAAGACGAGAUGUGGAUUGUGAGGGCCUCUAUAACAGCGGACAUAGACAGUCUGGUGUCUUCAGAAUUAAUCCCUAUGGUAACGAGAGCCAGAUUAAUGUCUACUGUGACAUGAAGAUGAAUGGAGGAGGAUGGACAGCAAUCCAGAAACGAAAAAGAGGCGCAGUUGAAUUUAACCGGACGUGGUCGGAAUACAAAGAAGGUUUUGGGGAUCCCCAAGAUUCAUACUGGAUUGGAAAUGAUGUGAUCCAUCAUCUUACCAAGGGAAGGAACUCCACCCUUUACGUCUCCAUAACAUUACCAAACGAUACAGUGUUGUAUGAAAUGUACGGACAGUUCUCUAUUUCUGACGAGGAAGACAAGUACAGACUGUUUCUAGGAGAAUGGGUGGAUGGAACCUUAGGUGAUGGCAUGCUACACACUGGUAAGGAGUACGCUGAUCUGUCUGGGAUGUACUUUAGUACCCCGGACAGAGAUAACGACAAUGGGAAUAUUGACUGUGCUGUAAAGGAACAGGGGGGCUGGUGGUUCAAUAACUGUCACCAGGCCUACCUUAACGGACCCUGGUCUGAGAGCUGGACCAAUCCUUGGGUUCCUGCAGGACUUUAUCAUUAUACUGAUGUCAAAGAGACUUUAAUGAUGAUACACCCGCACUGAGGCAA